UUUCAUUUAGCUUUUAUGCGGUUUUUAUAUAUGUUUUCUUUCUUAGUUUUUUAUGUAUUGUACUUUCUACCUUAAAAGAAAGCUAUUUUUAACUAGAUUCUUUUAACAAUAGUUGUUCUAUCUUUUCUCUUGUUCUCUUUUCUUAUUCUGUGAAUGAUAACUGGGUAGGGGGCGCCUCGACAUAUCAAGAAAAUUGAAAUUUGUAUGUUUUUCCAAAUUGGUUUGAGUUUGCCGCGUUAUUAAGUUAAUGUUAAUUAUUGAAGAUCCUAGGGAAUUUUUAUUGAGUAGUUACAAAUAGGAUUAGACCUGAUGCAAAUCUUAAUCGUUUGACAUAUUGGAUGGCUAAUAUACCUAUAUUGGAAAAUUUAAAUUAUCAUUUUAACAUAGAGUCUAAAGAUCAUAGAAGACCACUGAAAGCUGAAAUUAAUAAACUUUUGCAGAAUAAUCAGGAUAAAUUAGUCCAAUGUAUUAGUCUCGAGGAUAUUAUAUCUGAUCUUAAAGUGGACGAUGUGAUAUCUGGGAGACAAUAUGAAAGACUAUGCGAUAGAGAUUCGGGUUCAGAAGCGGAAAAAAUUCGAUCAUUGUUAACUCACUUGCAAAAAAGAUCAAACCUUCAUUUCCUAAAAUUUUGCAACGUGCUAGAAAGAUUCGAUCAGGGACACAUUGUCGAAGAAUUAAAAAUUUGGUUUCGAGGAGAUGAAAAUGUAAUUGAAAACGAGCCAAGAUUAGAUGAGACCCCUAAAAUUCAGCCAAUACCUACUCCAAUUCACCCCUCUCAAACAGAUGGUGUUCCCCUACGUUUAAAUCCUGAGCCUAGAACGGACUUUUUUGAAACUCCUCCCGGUGAGCCGCAAUAUCAUAGUACCCCAUCUAGUGCUGAACCAAUGAAACGUUCACGAACACAACAUAGAACUACUCCCUACCGAACUCCGCCCGCAACGAGAUCACGCACGAAGCAUGAAUUGUCUUUUGAAGAGAACAUUGAAAGCAAACGCCUACAAUUACUGGAUCAAAUUACUGAGUUAGCUCAAGUUGCUACAGAUUUUAUUCAAACUAAACCGGCAACACCUCACAACACGUCUCAUCUCAGAGAGAUCCGAGAACUUGUAGAUACUCUAUGCAAAAAGGAGCGUCAUUUAGCAGACGCAUAUAGUGGCAGUCUAAUUUUACUUUUGCAUUGCUGCACUUUAAAUGCAGUGGAUGAUUUGUGGCUUAAAUGCAAAACGGGUUACUGGUCUGAAAGAUUAACGAGAAUAUUUUGUAAAACUGAACCAAGAUGGAAGAUUUCAGUGAGCAUAGAUGAAAGCAAAUAUAUAGCCUAUAGAAAUAAACUAAUAAGAGAAAAUCACCAUAAGUGCGAUUUUAAAAAGAGACGCCAUAUUCCUCUGACUCUUCUCAAAAAUUUUCACAAUUCAACGCCAAAUUAUUAUCAGAAUACAACCGGAAAAGGCUUUAUUAAUAGCGAGGAUAAAGAUCGAUCGAGCAGCGGCGUGUCUAGUUGGCUUUCUACAGAAUCUUUUUUCGAAUAAUAAAAAUCACUAGGUCUAUAUUUUAUUCAAUACUUAAAAGAAUAUAUUAUAUGUAUAUAUAUAUAUAUUUACAUAAAUAUAUGUAUUUAUAAUAUAAUUCUAUUGUUUUGUUGUAUUUUUUUGUGCUUUAAAUAAUUGUUUUUUAUUUUUUUACAAACAAUAAAAAAGACAAGGAAUAAAAUGUUACAAACAAAAAGGUAAAAUAAGCUUGUGUUUGUCCUUCAAUAAAAUAACUUUUUGCUUAAACAAGUGUAGAAAUAAAUAGAAAGAAAUGUAAAUGAAUCAUUCAUGUUAAAGGUAAGAGUGAUAGUAUUUUGUUUCUCUCUCUUUUUUAUUGUGCAAAUGCCAUCUUUUAUUUUAUAUACAACUAUGAUUUAAAUAGGCGUAGAUUAAUGUGGAAAAAGAAUUUAUUCUCUUUUCCUUUCUCUCUCUCUCUCUCUCUCUCUGUCCAUUUCUGCUUUUCGGAUAAGCUAAAAAAGCGGAGAGGCCUUUUUUCCCUCUCCCUUUGUUAAGUAUAGGAAAUCAUAAAUACAAAAAGAAAUAAAUGUAUAGUUUGUAAAAGUUGAAAAAAAAUUUUUUGUAUUCUAAUUGAAAAAGUUCUUGAAAGAAAAGGUUAUUUUUUUAAUAGUAAUAGCUGUGUUUUUAAUCGCUUAGAACAACUCGACCUUUACUCAGAACUCGUCCAUACUUAUGACUAAGUAGAAUAGGCCAUUGGUAAAAAUCGACGUAGUAUUCUCUAUCCGGAUUGUCGAGAUCAUUGAUAGAUAUGUGUCCUUCAGGGUCGUAGCGUCUCUUAGAGGCAUCAAUAUAUCUAUUAUGUAAGAAAUACUAGGCGUUAUUGUCGAAUGAAUAGAUCAAUUAUUUAUAAGUUAAUUUUACAAUGGUGGAUCGGAUGUAACCAUCUGCCAUGUUAGGCGAACAGAGUUGUGUAACAAAUCGGUAAACGAUGAAUGGUUCAUUAUUGGUGAUAUCAUGCAUUCUGGAUGACUUUUGAGAAGUAUAUCUAUGGUAUCCUCGGCUAGAGUAGAAAUUUGAAUAUUGUGAGCUGUUUCCUUGAGAAAACGGGCUGCUUCCUCUAAAACUUCGACAGGUGGAUACUGUUUCAUUUGGGAAGCCUUUGAGUCAUUAAAC